AUGAAAACUUCCAAAGACAAAGAAGCUGCUCAAGUUGAUAUUAAAAACAAUUACUCUCAAUGUGCUGUAUCGAGUUCAGGAAAUGCAAGUGUUGUUUUUUAUUCACUAGCGUCAAACAAGAGUUCAGAUCCAGAUCCAAGUGGUUCAAAUAGAACAGAAAUUACGGCUGUGCCAAGCAAAAUGCCAGCUCCAAACAAUGGAAAAAGAAAAGCCACUGAGGUUGAAGAAAGUAGUGAAUUGCAGACCCCUUUACCGCUUGACGACUCUGAUGUCCUGGACAGUCUCUUUAACAAUCCUCUUUCAGCCCCUAUACCAUCGUUUUCUCCUUCAGAAUUCCGAAGUUUAGUCAAAGUGUAUACAAGUUAA